GCCCGGCGAUGGCGGGAACAGAGGGGCGUUUCGGGAUGGGCGGGCCUCCGAGGGUCAGGGUCGCCGCAAGCCGCUGGAGGGCGGGGCGGGGCGGGAAGAGGGUUCGGGCUAGCGGGGCGGAGUGGCUGCGGACGUCGAGGGGAGAGGUCGGGAGCCCUGCGCCGGAGAGGGCGUCUCGGCUCCGGGUCCCGUGCCCAGGUAGGGGCGGGCGCUGCAGGGCGGGGCCGGGCGGCCGUCUCGGCCCUCCCUGGCGGGGCCCCGCGGCCUGGGAGCCCGAGCGGGCUGAGCCGCCGGCUCGGCCCAAGCUGUCCUCCAGCCAGACCCGGCGAGAUCCAGCGCCGGGAGGGAGGCGGCGGCUGGCCCGGCCCCGCCCGUCCAGUGUCGGACGCCGCCCGGCGCCGAGCCAUGGAGCCUGAACCAGUGGAGGACUGUGUACAGAGCACCCUUGCUGCCUUAUACCCACCUUUUGAAGCCACAGCCCCUACCCUGUUGGGCCAAGUGUUCCAGGUGGUGGAGAGGACUUACCGGGAGGAUGCACUGAGGUACACGCUGGACUUCCUCGUACCCGCCAAACACCUGCUUGCCAAGGUCCAACAGGAAGCCUGUGCCCAGUAUAGCGGAUUCCUCUUCUUCCACGAGGGCUGGCCACUCUGCUUGCAUGAGCAGGUGGUAGUGCAGCUAGCAGCCCUACCCUGGCAGCUGCUGCGCCCAGGAGACUUCUACUUGCAGGUGGUGCCCUCAGCAGCCCAAGCACCCCGACUGGCCCUCAAAUGUCUAGCCCCAGGAGGUGGGCGGGUGCAAGAACUGCCAGUGCCCAGUGAAGCCUGUGCCUACCUAUUCACACCUGAAUGGCUACAAGGCAUUAACAAGGAUCGGCCAACAGGUCGGCUCAGCACUUGCCUACUGUCUGCACCCUCUGGAAUUCAGCGGCUGCCCUGGGCCGAGCUCAUCUGCCCACGGUUUGUACACAAAGGGAGCCUCAUGGUUGGACAUCGGCCAAGCACGCUGCCUCCAGAACUGCCAUCUGGACCUUCAGGACUGCCCAGCCCUCCACACCCUGAGGAGGUGCUGGGUACCCGGAGUCCUGGGGAUGGGCAUAAUGCUCCUGCAGAAGGACCGGAGGGUGAAUAUGUAGAGCUGUUGGAGGUGACAUUGCCCGUGAGGGGAAACCCCACAGAUGCUGAGGGCUCCUUGGCCCUCUCCAGGACCCAUACAGUACCCACCCGUAAGAGUGCUGGAGGAAAGGGCCGGCAUCGGAGACACCGGGCAUGGAUGCACCAGAAGGGCCUGGGCCCUCGAGACCAGGAUGGGGCACGCCCGCCUGGUGAGGGGAGCAGCACUGGAGCCUCCCCUGGCUCUCCUCCUGGAGCUGAAGCUGUUCCAGAUACAGCAGCCUUGGAAGGGACUGAGCCUGCAGCAGAGGUUCAGGGGGAAGCCUCUGAGUCCUGUCCUCUUCUGCCAGGGGAGGCUGGGGGAGGAGGCGGAGGCCAGGGGCCUGAAGGACCACCCGGUACCCCUCGAAGAACAGGCAAAGGGAACAGGAGAAAGAAGAGAGCCGCAGGCAGAGGUGCUGUCAGCCGAGGAGGGGACAGUGAUCCACUCAGCCCCAGGGACAAGGAAGAGACCAGACCCCAGGAAGCCCCUGUCGGCCUGCCCUCACUAAAUGAACAGGAGCCUCUAGAAUGCAACCUGGUUAAGGAGAAUGAAGGUUCUGGAAAGCCAGAGUUGGAGUCAAAAGAGGAGCUCAAACCAGCAGAUGGAAACGAGUCUGGACCCCCAGAAGACUGUGGGCCUCCAGAAAAGGGGGUCAAAGAAAGUGAGCAAGAGGGAUUGAGCCUGGUGCACACGGCAGGGUCCACAGGUCCAGAGGGGCUCCUGUCUGAUCCCCCAACACAGCCCCUGGAGACUGUACAGGAUAUAAAAGGGGAGAGCAUCCCAGAAGAGGCACCUCCAGUCUCCAUCUCUGAUGACCCAGAUAUAGCUUGGGACUUGAUGGCAUCUGGAUUCUUCCUUCUGACUGGAGGGGUGGAUCAGAAUGGGAGAGCUCUACUGACUAUUACACCACCGUGCCUUCCUGAGGAUCCUCCACCCUCCCAGGAUACACUGAGCACUGCUCUUCAUUUCCUCCAUUCACUGCUCAGGCCUGAUCUGCAGUUACUGGGGCUGACCACCCUGCUUGACCUUCGAAAGGCACCCCCACUGCCUCCAGCACUCAUUCCUGCCUUGAGUCAACUUCAGGAAUCAGGAGACCCUCCCAUCAUCCAGCGGCUAGUGAUUCUCACUCAUGAUGACCCUCCAGCUGAACUCUGUGAAUUUCAGAGAGCUGAGUUGCUGGCAGAGAAGGACCUGAAAAGAGUGGCCAAGCCAGAGGAGCUCCAGUGGGACUUAGGAGGUCACAAGGACCUUUCACCCAGCCACUGGGUAGAGAUACAUCAGGAAGUGGCAAGGCUGUGCAGCUUAUGCCAAGGUGUGCUGACCUCUGUACGGCAGGCCAUUGAGGAGCUAGAGGGAGCAGCAGAGCCAGCGCAAGAGGAGGCGGUGGGAAUGCCUGAGCCCCUGCAGAAAGUGCUGGCAGAUCCUCGGCUGACGGCACUGCAGAGGAAUGGAGGAGCAAUCCUGAUGAGGCUGCGCUCCACGCAUAGCAGCAGGUUGGAGGGUCCAGGCCCGGCUAUGCUUUACCAGGAGGUGGAUGAGGCCAUUCACCAGCUUGUGUGCCUUUCUAACCUACAUGUUCAGCAGCAGGAGCAGCGCCAACGCGUGCACCGGCUCAAGCAGGUGUUGCAGUGGCUCUCAGGUCCAGGGGAGGAGCAGCUGGCCAGCUUUACCAUGCCUGGAAACUCCCUGCCAGCCUUGCAGGAAACAGAGCUGCGAUUCAGGGCUUUCAGCACUGAGGUGCAGGAACGUCUGGCACAAGCCCGGGAGGCUUUGGCUCUGGAGGAGGACAUCGCCUCCCAGAAGGUUCUGGAUAUCUUUGAACAGCGGCUGGAGCAGGUUGAGAGUGGCCUCCAUCGGGCCCUGCGGCUACAACGCUUCUUUCAGCAGGCACACGAAUGGGUAGAUGAGGGUUCUGCUCGACUGGCAGGAGCUGGACCUGGUCGUGAGGCUGUACUGGCAGCCCUGGCCCUGCGGCGCACCCCGGAGCCUAGUGCAGGCACCUUCCAAGAGAUGAGGGCCCUGGCCCUGGACCUGGGCAGCCCAGCAGCCCUCCGAGAAUGGGGCCGAUGCUGGGCCCGCUGCCAAGAGCUGGAAAGGAGGAUUCAGCAACAGCUGGGAGAGGAGGCCAGUCCUCGAGGCCACCGGCGACGCCGGGCAGACAGCACCAGUAGUGCAGGAGCCCAGCAUGGCACCCAUAGCCCCUCACCUAGCCUCAGCUCACUUCUGCUCCCCAGCAGUCCUGGGCCACGGGCAGCCCCAUCCCAUUGCUCCCUGGCCCCAUGUGGGGAGGACUAUGAGGAGGAAGGCCCUGGGCUAGCUCCAGAAGCAGAUGGAAGACCCCCAAAGGCCGUGCUGAUCCGGGGCCUAGAGGUCACCAGCACCGAGGUGGUAGACAGGACGUGCUCACCCCGGGAACAUGUGCUGCUGGGCCGGGCUGGGGGGCCAGAUGGACCCUGGGGAGUAGGCACUCCCCGAAUGGAACGCAAACGAAGCAUCAGUGCCCAGCAGCGUCUGGUGUCUGAACUGAUUGCCUGUGAAAAAGAGUAUGUGACCACCCUAAAUGAGCCAGUGCCACCCCCUGGGCCUGAACUAACUCCUGAGCUCCGAGGCACCUGGGCUGCAGCUCUGAGUGCCCGAGAGAGGCUUCGCAGCUUCCACCGGACUCAUUUUCUGCAAGAGCUUCAGGGCUGCACCACCCAUCCUCUGCGCAUUGGGGCCUGCUUCCUGCGGCACGGGGACCAGUUCAACCUUUAUGCCCAGUUCGUAAAGCAUCUAUACAAACUAGAGAAUGGUCUGGCUGCACUCACCACCCCGGCUAAGGGUUCCAUGGAGGGUGGCCCUUGCCUGCCCCGGGCACUGCAGCAGCCUCUGGAGCAGCUGGCUCGAUACAAACAGCUCCUGGAGGAGAUCCUGCGGGAAGCAGGGCCUGAACUGAGCUCUGAGCGCCAGGCCCUCAGAGCUGCUAUACAAUUGCUCCAGGAGCAAGAAGCCCGAGGCAGAGAUCUGCUCGCUGUGGAGGCCGUGAGAGGCUGUGAGAUAGAUCUGAAGGAGCAGGGACAGCUGUUGCAUCGGGACCCUUUCACUGUCAUCUGUGGCCGGAAGAAGUGCCUUCGCCAUGUCUUUCUCUUUGAGGACCUGCUCUUAUUCAGCAAGUUCAAGGGCUCUGAAGGAGGGUCUGAGAUCUUUGUUUACAAGCAGGCUUUUAAGACUGCUGACAUGGGACUGACAGAAAACAUCGGGGACAGUGGACUCUGCUUUGAGCUGUGGUUUCGGCGACGGCGUGCACGAGAGGCGUACACUCUGCAGGCAGUCUCACCAGAGAUCAAACUCAAAUGGACCAGUUCUAUUGCACAGUUACUGUGGAGACAGGCAGCCCACAAUAAGGAGCUCCGAGUGCAGCAGAUGGUUUCCAUGGGCAUUGGGAAUAAACCCUUCCUGGACAUUAAAGCCCUUGGGGAACGGACACUGAGUGCCCUGCUCACUGGAAGAGCCGCCCGCACCCGGGCCUCGGUGGCCGUGUCGUCCUUUGAGCAUGCGGGCCCCUCCCUUCCCGGCCUCUCGCCGGGGGCCUGCUCCCUGCCUGCCCGCGUCGAGGAGGAGGCCUGGGAUCUGGACGUCAAGCAAAUUUCCCUGGCCUCAGAAACACUUGAUUCUUCUGGAGAUGUGUCCCCAGGACCAAGAAACAGCCCCAGCCUGCAGCCCCCCCACCCUAGGAGCAGCACUCCCACUAUGGCCAGUGGAGGGAUCUUAGGGCUAUCCCGGCAGGCCUGGCUGAGAAGCGUCAAGGUCAGAGAAUCAUGCCAGAGCCCUGAGUGACCCCACCACGCCUCUGUGACCUGGGUGCUUGGGAAUCCACUUCUUCCCUCUCCCAAUCCAUCUCCCUCUUCUCUCCUGGCUUCCAGAGAAGAUCCAGAACUUGGCUGCAGCCCUUCUCAGCAGUUUAGGCUGGUAUGCCAGUGGGACAAAACGGAGGACUAAGCUCUGAGUUCCUCCCCUCUGCUUUCCUGGACAGAGGAGGGCGAAAGACAGAGCUGCUUCUGUUACUGCUGUCGCUAGCCCGCCCCUGCUUGGUGCCUUCUGCUACAGGAACCAGAGUGGCCCUGUUUGCUUGCCUUCAUUUUCGUGCCCUGGGGAAAGGGAAAUACCCCUCUUCUAGCCCUUCCCCAUCCUGUGCCAUGCCACACCCCCAGGACAUUGCUCUGCUCAUCGCCUGCCUCUUCCAGAGAAGACUCAUCUCUGCCGGGUUGAAAAGACUUCCAUUCUGGGAUGUCAUGGGAAAUGAAGUUUUACAAACCAAUGAGGGAGAGUGUGGCGGGCAUUACAGACUUUAUAUAUGUAAUUACUGUUGUUAUACUAUUGCUAUAUUAAAUGUA